AUGCAACAGGACCUGCUGGGGAGUCCGCAUCGCCAGCACCUGAACGGGGCCAACGGCAACGGCGCAAUGAACGGCGCGGCGCUGCGGCGCGUGCUGCCACGGGGCCGCAGGCCGCACGUGUGCGUCGUGGGCGCCGGUGUCAGUGGUCUGCGCUGCGCCGACGUCCUCCUGCAGGCCGGCAUGCGCGUCACGAUUCUGGAAGCGAGGAACCGGUACGGCGGGCGCCUCUGCCAAGCCUUGCACCAGGGCCACCUUGUUGACCUUGGCCCAAACUGGAUACAUGGCACGGAAGAUAAUCCGAUUCUGGAUUUGGCAAAAGAGACGGGCACCAUCACUCACGCCUGGGACGGCCGCCAGUGUGUUUAUAAUCAGCAGGGAGAACAACUUUCAGAACAAGUAGCAGCUGAAGCGGAAGAGACGAUAUGGAGCAUAAUCGGAGAUGCCAUGGCCUACAGCAGAGAGCACAGUGCCUCAAUUCCUGCCAGCAAAAGCUUGCUGGAUUACAUAAAAGAGAAAACACAAGGCAUGUACCUGAACGAAAAGUCGGAUGAGAAGAGACGAGAGCUGUUGCACCGGGUCGCGGAGAUGUGGGGCGCGUUUGUGGGCAGUCCCGUGGAAAGUCAGAGCUUGAAGUUUUUCUGGCUCGAGGAGUGCAUCGACGGAGAGAACCUUUUUGUCGCAGGGACGUACAAAAAGAUCCUCGACAAAAUAGCCAAGCCCGCCGUUGAGGGUGCCGAGAUCAAGUACGAGCAGCUGGUGAAGAGGAUAAUAUCAGGAACGAACGAAGAGGACUCAACUGUCAAGGUUGAGCUGGCAGAUGGACAAACGCUGGAGUUUGACGAAGUCGUCAUAACCACUCCGUUAGGCUGGCUGAAGCGCAACAAGGAAGCCUUCGAGCCGCCACUCCCGCAAAGGCUGACCGAAGCCAUCGACAGUAUAGGAUACGGAUGCCUAGACAAAUUCUACGUCGUGUUCCCCACCGCCUUCUGGAAUGAAGCAGCAGCACUGGCACCAGUAUCAAACGGGGCCGAUAUACCCACCAACGCGCGGAACUCGGUCCCCAACACGACAGCCACGACGCAGCCGCUACGGCAGCCCUCUCACGUAGAGUCGCAAAACUACCACUACCCAGGCUUCACGCAAUGGACAGCGCCCACCUACGCGCCGACGACGAACCCCGAGGCCUGGAGCCAAGAAUGUGUGAACAUGGCCGCCCUGCCCGCACCCACCGCGCACCCAACCCUCCUCUUCUACACCUUCGGCGCGACAUCGCAACACCUGGCCAGCCUACUCGCAGACGAGGCCAACCCGCACGCGCCCAGGCCCGCCACCUCGGCCAAGCUGCUCGCCUUCUUCGAGCCCUACUACAGCCGGCUGCCCGGGUACGAAGCGGGCGCGCCAGCGUGCGCGCCGCUGAGCGUGCUGCCGACGGCGUGGGCGAUUGACCCGCUUGCCGGCUACGGCAGCUAUUGCAAUUUCCAGACGGGCGCUGAGCGCGCGGACCAGGACGUCGAGACUUUGAGACAGGGGGUCCCGCACCGCAGGCUCUGGUUUGCUGGCGAGCAUACGGCGAGUUUUUUGGCGUUGGGGACUGUGACGGGCGCGUAUUGGUCUGGGGAGGGAGUCGGGCGGUCGCUGGUUAGGGCGUAUGGAGGGGAGGGGGAGAAGUGA